AUGGACGCCAGCUGUGGGCCCGCAAACGCGCUAUCACAACUCUCCAAGCAUACGCAAAGAGACAAUUCCUUACAGCAUGAACGGCAGCAUUUGCCCGGAAACUUGGCGCCUAGUGCGUUCCGCAAUGGCCCGGGCAUAGACGCCAGGCUUAGCCAGGAUUUCCACCGGUUCAACCAGGGAACUUCUUCCGACUUCCAGGCGCACAGUCUACAGAAUCAAAACACAUAUGCCCCGGCCGCCCUGGCCCCAAUGGGCCCCCGUGCUCAUGGGGGCAGGAACCAAGAAUGGGUGCAGGAUUUCCGGGGGCUUUCUCUUGAAGAACAGAGCAGGGCCCAUCCGCAAAGCACGGGCCAGAAGGAGGGCUGGCAUCUCCAGUUCAUGCAAAACAUGCAAAACAUGCAAAACAUGCAAAACAUGCAAAACAUGCCGAAAACACAAAACAUGCAAACCAUGCAAAGCGUGUCUCAGAACGGCUGGCAAAACAUGCAAGCCCACCAGCCAAUGAUGGGCCUGCUAGGCCACCAGCUACACGAAACGCAGCUCGGCCUGCAGACCCACCAGCACAGCGACUUGCAUAUGUCCCAGAUCGACGACCAGGCGCUCUCACGACAUUUCGACGUGAUCGAGCAGGAGUUGGAGCAAGGCGAAAACCAGGCCCCACAGACACACCGGGCCGAACAGCCAGGCCAGGCCAAACAGGAACACGACAAUGUGCAGCCGGUGGACGACACCGAAAAACAGCACUUUGCCGACGCGGCACGCCAGGUGCACGAGCUGAUGGUCACGGGCCACGCACAGCAAUCACAAGAAACGGCGCACAAAUUCCAGCAGUCGGAUUUCUUGAAGUUGAUGUCGCAAAUCCUGGACCGGCUGGUCGAGCUCUCGAAAGAGGGCGACAAGCUUGUGCAAAAGAGCACGGGCGAAGAUAUCCGCCAGCAUCUCAGUGAUCCGUUGCGCCACGAGCGAAGUCACGAACCCGACUACCACGUGCCUCCACACGGAAGCGUGCCUGCGGACCUGGCCAAUUUUCCCCAAACCACGAAUGAGUCACAGAACAUCCGCAGCCAUCUCCCAGACCCGUUAGCGCAUAUCCGAGACGGAGCUCUUGACGGAGAUUUGACUUCAUUCCAGGCUGCCCAGGUGGUUAGCGGGGGCCAGGUGCAGGGCGGUGGCUGGAUGGAAGAUGACAUGUGGGAAUCCGAGGGCCGGCCGGCCGGCCGCGGGCGGCCUUCAUUGAUGUCGCAAGAGGAUCAGGAAGUCUACGACGAUUACCGCAACGAUGAUUACUAG